UCAAAGAAAUUCUUUAUUGCUUGUUUUGUUGAAAAUGCAAGAACAAACCAGUACACACGGCCCUAGUGGUACCUCUUCUUGCUACAGAGGUGUUCGCAAGAGGAAAUGGGGGAAAUGGGUGUCUGAGGUACGCGAACCUGGGAAGAAAACUCGGAUUUGGUUAGGUAGCUUUGAUACUCCAGAAAUGGCAGCUACUGCUUAUGAUGUUGCAGCUUUACAUUUCAGGGGACGUGAAGCCAAGCUUAAUUUCCCUGAAUUGGUUAACGAUCUUCCUAAGCCAGCAAGCUCCAAUGCUGAAGAUAUUCGCAUGGCUGCACAUGAAGCUGCGCUACGUCUCAGGACUCCUAUGAAGGAGCCAGAAGGCAGUGCUGGAGCUGGCAGCAGUGGCAACAGUAGCUCGAAUAACGUGGUGGGUCCGGUGACGGUUAGGCUGUCGCAGAGCCAGAUUCAGGCGAUCAACGAAUCACCUUUGGAUUCACCAAAGAUGUGGAUGCAGAUGGCAAUGGUAGAAGAGUCUAUGAUGUUGUCCAAUGAUUUUGGGGAGGAUGAUGACUGGAACUAUGACAUGCAAAAUGAUUCUCUUUGGGAUCCUUAGGUAACUUUUGGCCAAUGGGUAUU